CAGAUUGAUCCUGGCUCUGGUUACUAAUCUCAGCCUGUGAGAGAAGGAGGGAGGGCAGCUGGAGACAAUUUGCAUGCCCAAUCAGUUUCAGAAUUAAAGUUUACACAAUGCCAAGUGAGUGGGCAAGCUGAAGGCUGAAGAGAUCACAUGACUGUAGAAACAUGAAACUUGCCUGUGUGCUCCUGCAAGUUUUACUUCUCUUAGAGUAGAAACUGAGCGCGCCUGGCAGGAUUCUUCAUUUACUGUCCCAGGCUAGACAGGGCUCAUCCUCUGAUCUUUUAGCUAGAGGUUUUCCAUGGCACUUCCUAUUAGUUUCAAGACAGACUGAUGUUGCCCCGGGAGGGUUUUUGGUUGACCUGGUGAUUGGAAAAAGAGAAAGGAAAAUGGAGAGAUUGAAUAGGAUAGCUGUGCCAGCUGGGCAGAAGUUAAGGCAACUUCAAAAGAUCGUCCAUGGUAUUACAAACAAUGAAGGUGGGAUAAUGAACAAAUUCAAAAAGUUAAAAAAUAAAGCACCACCCAGUGUGCCACAAAGAGAUUAUGUUUCAGAAAGCCCUGUUGAUGAAGAGGAACAGUGGUCAGAUGACUUUGACAGUGAUUAUGAAAAUCCAGAUGAACCCUCUGAUUCAGAGACAUAUGUGGUACCUGGGGAAGAAACGGCAGAUGACAGCUAUGAACCUCCUCCUACAGAAAAAGAGAAAAGGAAGCUCCCCACUGCGCUUCCAUUUUCCAAAGGAGAAUAUGCAGAUAAUCGAUCACACCAGAGACAUUCUCCACCUUUCAGCAAGACACUUCCAGAUAAGGCAAGUUGGCCUUCCCAGAAAACAAGAAACUCAUCUUUGCAGGUACUUCCUCUGCAGAAGCCUCAGCUCCCACCAAAGCCAAAAAACUGCUCGGAAGAUGAGGCUGAUUAUGUGGUUCCUGUUGAGGAUGAAGAUGAAAAUUAUAUCCAUCCUACAGAAAGCAAUUCACCCUCAUCUGAGUAUGCUCCCAAAGUGAACAGAUCCGUCAAACCUUCUAGUUCUACAUCACCAAACCCUCUCCCACCUGUACCUGCUUUGGCUCCAGAAAUGUAUGAAAUUCCUGUAAGUGAGACAUCAUCUUUUUCCCCAUACCAAAAACCAUCUGUUAAAACUCAUGAUAGCAGUCAUGCCACAGCUUGGGAACCCAAGUCUCCUUCAUCAAUUCAAGCCCCAUCACCUCUGCCAAGAGCCUUAAAGAAAACGCCAACUCAGCUGAAGACAGCCCCAGGGCUUCCUCCUCAGAACACCUGGAGUGAUCAUGAAGAAAAGCCUAUACCUGCUGAACGUCACCGAGGCAGAGUGCCUGGCCAGAGGCUGGAACACCGACAACAACCACCAUUUCCCACGGUCAACAAACCAGUCCAACAGAAACCUGUUCCUCCACCAAAGCCUCCAGAGGUGCUGAGUUCCAGCAUGGAUAUUCCAUUACCCAGUUUUCCAGCCAAUUCCUGUUUGUCAGAUCAGGAAGCCGAAAUUCACUGCAAACCGUGGUACGCUGGUUCUUGUGAUCGAAAAUCAGCCGAGGCUGCAUUAUACAAAUCCAACAGGGAUGGAUCAUUUCUUAUAAGGAAAAGCUCUGGUCACAACUCCAAGCAGCCAUAUACAUUAGUUGUAUUCUAUAACAGACGAGUUUAUAACAUCCCUGUGCGGUAUAUUGAAACAACAAAACAGUAUGCUUUGGGCAGUAAAAAAAAUGGUGAAGAGCACUUUAACAGCGUCGCUGAUAUAAUAAAGAAUCAUCAACAUACACCUUUGGUUCUUAUCGACAGUCAGAGCAACACCAAAGAUUCCACUAGACUGAAAUAUGCUGUUAAAGUUUCAUAGGAAGCGAGAAGAGGAAGGAGAUUAGCAGAGUUGCCUCAGAUAUCCCUGAUUUUGCACCUUUUUAGUGACAUGGAAAUCACUCUCAGGGAGACUUGUGGCUCCUGCACCAUGGACCGAGGCAGCUGUCCCAGAGGACACUAUUCUUCAGAAGGAGAUCAUGGAGCCUGCAUUGUCUAUUAUUUCUGAAGAUAAUGCUGUUCGUAUACAGUGAAGCUGAGAGGUUAUCGCCAUCACUGUAAUAUACUCCAAACUAGACUGCAAGAAGCUAUUAGAGACUGAAGAUGUUCAAUCUUUCAAUUAGGAAUUCCCUUCUAUUGAUCCAUUUUCAGCGGGAGAAAACAGUCAUCUAACAAAGAAGCAAGGGAGGCUGAGAAGAAAGAGCACUAAACUCACAUAGCUGAAGCCUCCCGAGCUUCUGUUCUCCAACCCUGACAAUCACGUCUUGAUUCAGUUUUGUAAUGCAAAAGAAAGUUCCAAAUGUCUAAGAUGAUGUACUCUAGGCUGUUUGUAGCAGGCAUAUAUUCUUGAGUGAUUGCUGUGACUUGUCAACAUUCAACCCCCUCCCUCAGGGUGUGCAGGACCACGUGUGGAUGUACCCUGAACCACAGGGUUAGGUUGGUUUGGGCUGUUGUACUCAUUAAAGAAAUAUUCUCUCUUCCUCA